GAGCUAACCUGGGCUCCAAUUGGCUUUGAGGGGUGUCAAUCCUAAAUCGGGUCACAGGCGGGGUUCGGCAAGCAGGAUAGGAAACCCAAUGCUGCAGUUUAUCCCUUGGAUUAGACGUGCCAAUCUUCUUCAUAUUUUGCACACAAGUUCUGGAUUGGGACUCUCUUCAGUACUUCUGUCUUCUGAGAGAACAAGUGCAGGAUUGGUUUCUAACAACAAGUGGUACUCAGACAUUCAUUCGCCUACUCUGUGUGUUGAUAAUAACAUGGCUUCAGUACAACAACCACCAUCUAGACAAUCAUUCCAUCCACAAACUUACCAUAAUUUUCUGGUUUUGGACUUUGAAGCAACCUGUGAUAAACAAUUAAUAAAACCUCAGGAAAUAAUAGAAUUCCCAAUCCUUAAACUACAUGGAAGGACACUGGAAAUUGAAGCUGUGUUUCAUACGUAUGUUCAACCAGUUGUACAUUCAGAAUUGACACCUUUUUGUACAGAGCUCACAGGGAUUGUUCAGUCAAUGGUUGACGGAAAACCAACAUUACAAGAAGCCCUUCAGAUGGUUGAUGACUGGAUGAGAAAAGAAGGUUUGCUGGAUCCUAAAGUCAACUCCAUCUUUGUAACCUGUGGAGAUUGGGAUUUAAAAACAAUGCUGCCAGGACAAUGCCAACUCUUGGGUCUGCCAGUUCCUGAUUACUUCAAGAAGUGGAUUAAUCUCAAAAAGGCAUACAGCUUUGCGAUGGGGGAUUAUCCAAAGAGCGGACUGCCAUUUAUGAUCAAAGGCUUGAAUUUACAACAUAUUGGCAAACUACAUAGUGGGAUUGAUGACUGCAAGAACAUUGCCAACAUAAUGAAGGAAUUAGCACGAAGGGGAUUCACUUUCAAACAAACUGGAUCAAACCUCUGAAUAUGCUGCAGAAGAAAAGAACAUGUCUCACUGCUUUGAAAAAAAAACAUUCAAGGAUAUAUGGUAAAAAUAAAUAAUUCACGUGAGGCAUGUAUGCAACUAUUAUAAAAAAAUUAAUUCAGUUAUACCAAAAUGACCCAUAGUAAGAUUUUCCCUCCUUUAUAAAGUGGAGCAAUCUGCUGCUAAUUGACAAGUAAAACAUGCAUUUUUUUAAAAAUAUUGUUAAUUGAAUGUCAUUUCUAACUUGAAGAGGAAGAUUAUUUGUUUAAAUUGUCCAAAUUCCUAAACUACAAUGGAAUAUACUUAUACCCUCAAUGGUUUCUGUUUAUUUUUUAGCAUGUUUUGUACUUUCAAUGUCUACGUCAUAGGCAGUUUACAGAGACAGAAUAAUAUUAGAGGAAAACUGGUCAUGAAAGCCUACCACAAUAGCACCACCUCAACCUAGAAUUUUCAUUCAGCUAGGGUUGAUAGCACACAGAAAUGGCAAAAGGUAGGUUGGGCCAAAAACCUGCAAGCUCACCCUGUGCACCAGCGACUACCAUAAGAAGAAUGAGAGAGCUCCUGGGACUCUGGCAAGAAGUCCAUAAGUUUAAUGAUUGAAGAGAUGGGGAUUAGUAGUGGCCCCUACGAAAGGGCCAAAAUAUUUGCUUCCCUUACGAUUUCAGUCCAGACCAUGUCCAGGUAUUCAGAAUAUCUGUGCUCUCUUUAAUGACAGAAUCCUCCUCUUGUCACCCCAGUGCAUGUCUGACUGCAGCGCUCCAUUGUUCUCUGACAAUUCCAGGCUCUCAAUUUGUGACAGUGACACUGUGGAAAUCCACCCAAGGUAGAAAAUGACACCAAACACACUAGCUCAAUUGCUGUUGUCCACUGAGGUGUCAAAACAUGUGUGCAUUAUUUAGAACUGUAUUCACAGUUUCACUGUACAUUGCAAAAAUGACAUUCUCUCUGUCCACACCUGAUUAUACACAUUUUCAUUUAAAUGUCUAUUUCCUUAAUAUCAUCUAAGAAUUAUGUGAUAAAUCAUUGUAAAAGCAUUUCGGUUUUAAAGUAUUGCUGGCUAUUUAUCUGCUAUAUUUCAAUUUUUCCAGCAAGUUCUUUUUUCUAUUUUACUUACUAAUUCAAUCCAUUUUUCCAAGUGACAAGGAAUCAAAGUAGUUGUUGCCUGUAAUGUUAGUGAGUUUCCCAAAUUAAGAUACUGAAUUUUCCUUAAAAAUUCAAGUUGAGGAGGCAUUUCAAGAGAAACUUCUUGUGAAAAGUGGAAGAGAUAGGUGGAGGAAAAUUAUCGUCAAAUAGCUAAACCACUGGUAACUUAUCUCUGCUUCUUAAAGACAAUUACCUGUAAAGGGAGGAACAAUCUUUAGUUUAAUCUUAAUAGUCAAUCAAGUUUAACAUUUCAUUUAAUAAUUCUACACUAAAAGAACAUACUGGCUGAUCCUUAUUAUGUAAAACUUUAGUUCAUAAUAAAAUGCUUUUCUGAAA